CUUCCCCUAACACUAGCUUCUAUUUUUCUUCGCACAUAAAGCCUGCAUAGACCAAGUUGAUUACUUUGAAAUCUUCAUUUUUUCGCCCUCCCUGUCCUUCUGGUCGACUGACGUGAGUUUGUUUGUCAUUGCAUAGUAUUGAAGCAGGCAUUGGCAAUUCUCCGCGCCCCUUGCCAGUUGUCAUCCCGAACAAAUUGGAAUUACACUUCCUCUUCCUUUUUCUCUGGUCAAGCGCAUUUAGUCCCACGCAAGAAAUAGGGCAGUACAAUCUCAGUCAUCAUGAAAGGCGCCGUUCCGAUAGACCUCAGGGUUCUCCUGGAGAAAACUCCCUCUCGCGAUCUGGUCGCGUGUGCACUGGCGGUUGUGUCGGCGUACCCGGUCCUGGUGUCGUUGCUGCGAUUCCGCCGCAUGCGAAAGGUGCAUAAAAAAUACAACUAUCCAACUCGGGAAUCCUUCGCCCGCAUGACAGACGACGAUGCCUUCGAGAUUCAGAAGGUGUUGCUGCAAACCGAGUUUCCCUUGAUGUUCGCCAAAGCCCUUCAAUUUGCGCUUUUCCGGACAUAUGGGAUACCCACAAUCUCCGGUCUUCUCACGAAGACGAGCCAGUUCUCAAAACCAGAGACUUCCUUGAAGCGGUACAGCGAUACCGGCGUGUUGAUCCAGGAAUUCGCCGGCCACUCCCCCGCCUCGAGUCGUGCGCUGGUCUCCAUCGCGCGCACCCGCUGGGUUCACAGCAGUUAUCGUGCCUCUGGCAAGAUUCUGGAUGAUGAUAUGCUGUACACACUGGGCCUCUUCGCGGUCCAGCCUGUGCGAUUCAUCAACAAGUACGAAUGGCGACAGCUGACGGAUGUCGAAAAAUGCGCUAUCGGCACGUUCUGGAAAAGCGUCGGUGACGGUCUGGAAGUCAGCUACGACGCUCUUCCCUCCGGGAAGACGGGUUUCCGGGACGGGCUACAGUGGCUCGAAGAGAUUGCGGCCUGGAGUGACGAUUAUGAAGUCCGUUGCAUGGUUCCGGCCGUCAGCAAUCGGGAGACUGCCGAUCAGACCACCGCAGUCCUUCUGUACAUGGUCCCUCGGCCUCUGCAUCCCCUCGGACUAAAAUUCGUGUCCUUCAUGAUGGAUGACCGUCUUCGAAAGGCGAUGAUGUACGAUGCCCCGGGAGCCUCUUACACUAAGGUAUUUUCUUCGCUUAUAUCUAUUCGCCGAUUUGCGCUGCGCUAUCUCGCACUGCCGCGACCCUACUGCAUGCGAAGCAGCCCGUUCACCGAGAAUCCGGAUGAGAAUGACCGGAACUUCCUCACGCAAUGGGACGGAGCCCCUUACUAUGUCAAGCCGACCUUCUGGAACCGCUGGGGGCCAAAUGCCUGGUACACCUGGGCACUUGGUCGACCUCUGCCUGGCGACGAGGGUAGCAAAUUCUACCCGCAAGGCUACUAUGUCCCUGAUGUAGGACCGAAGUACUUUGAAGGCAAGGGUCGACAGGCGCUGGAUGACGCCGUGGAAGGAUUGAAGAAGACGCGAACAGGCCAAUGUCCGUUUCAUUGAUUGUUGUCCCUGAGCUGUAUAGCAUCUGCUUCGCAGAAGAUAAUUUAAUUGCUAC